AUGAUGCAUAUGAGAAGUUGCAGCGGUUUUACGGACUUAAAGUCUGGAAGUAUUAUAGUAUGUCAUUAUGCUAUGGGUCUCAGCUUCAUGGCCUUGAUCCUCCUUACCUGUCGUCUGCAUGAGGUAGACCGGGAAGUGGGAUACCUCCAGGCGGUGCUGAACGACUGGUUCCCCCUUCCCACACCUACAGGAACCACCACAACGGACACCGCAUCCUCUUCCAGACACAUCAGCCUAUUGCAGGAGGAGUUGACGCAGUUUUAUCUGCCCGAACUGAGAUCGUCAAGGACGACUUUAGUCUUGAGCGUUGUUUUUGUCGCGAUUUAUAUAUGCAGUUGGUGGUGGAUGGCGUUUGCCAUUAAACAAGUAAGCCGAGGAGGCAGCGUGUCUUUGAGAACAGUAUUGCUGUUGGCCGUUUUCGCCGCAGUUGACAUAGCAGCAAGUACAGGUUUUGUUCUUCUGAGGCUAAUCAUGUACGUUAGAAGAGACCGCUUUUACCCGAAUGCUUUAAGGCCACUGAAUUCACAGCUAGAAGCAGACCAAAUGGCAGCAUACACUGCUCUACGGCUAAUCACAAUUAAAUCGAGCUGUGGAAAUGCUGAUAUCCUCGUGUCUAUUGUCGUUGGUUUUUUAACAGUUUUAAGGAUUUACAGCGUCGUAUGCGUUGCAUCAUUUUAUAAAAAGGCGAAAAAUGGAAACAGAGAUCUUUUCCAAAAAGAAAUCACUGGUAGUUGCGAUACAUCAGAGCGAACCGAAUCUGUAAAAGAUCUGGAUGAUUAUCCUCCAAAAUCUCUCAUCAUAGAUUUUCCAGCCAAAAAAUCUAACCACACCAUGCAGAGAGACCGCAGUCGUCGCUCCAGCAUCGUUGCAGCGUCCACGAUUCCCGACCACGACAUUGGUGAAAUCAAGAUCCAGGCAUCGGACAUGCCCGUGGACAUGCAACGCCAGGCACUCAGCGCAGCUGCCAACGCCAUACGAGUCUAUUCCACGGAAAAGCACAUAGCAGAAAGCAUCAAGCAGGAUUUCGAUCAGUUGUAUAAUCCCACGUGGCACUGCAUCGUCGGCAGGAACUGGGGGAGCUGUGUCACCCACUCCAAACUGUGUUACAUCAGGCUGAGUUACAAGGACAUGACCAUCAUGUUGUACAGGUCCACGUGA